GCACGCGGUCUCUUUCCGGUCACCGGUAGCACCCGGUCGUCGAACAUCUUCUCGUCAGUGAGCGUAUACGCGCACUUGUGUGUGUGUGUGUGUGUGUAUGAGAGAGAGAGAGAGAGAGAGAGAGAGAAAGAGAACUCAACCUCGACGUGGAUACACGCUCAUCGGACCAGUCAUGGCGUCCAAAAAUACACCUCCCGAAAUUCCACCGCGAAGACACAGCUCAACCGUUUCACCAAAUAAAAUUAUCAAUCAAAAUUCUGAUGCAGAGUCUAAAACACAAUCCCCUUCUUUUCUAUCACGGAGACAUUCAUCGUGUAUUGAUGAUAACAUGGAUAAUGAAACUGAUACUACAUUAUACUCGGCUAUUCCAUCGACAGUGGUGCCUUCGAUUCCAGCAAGACGAAACCCAGGACCACCAGUAAUAGGUCCUCGGCCAGCCCAGUACAAAUUGCCUCCACCACCGCGCGCGACAAAUGUCUGCGCAGGCGAUCUACCAACUGACCGGCAGACCAUCAGAGGGUUCAUCGAAGACCAUCCCAAAGAUAUGGUCGUUGUCCAACAACAGACACAGCAACCACAGCAACCACAACAACCACAGCCGCCACAACAAUCACAGCAGCAAUCGCAACCACAGCAACAACCACAACUACGCGCCAGAAGGUUCAAAGUACCGCCACCCAUCAAAUGCAUUUCUGAACCGCUGGACGGUGGUAGCCGCGAGAGUUAUGAAAUGAUGACGCCUGCCAUGACCAUGUCUCCCAAUAGACAGGACAGCGGUCACUGGAGUGACUCGUUCAGUGUCAACUCGUCGCCCGGCUACUCGACUAAGAGCAUGGAAACGCCGCUGUUGUCAUCGCACGCCAAAAUGAUACCGCUCAGGUCCAAUAAGAAACGUUUCAUACUAGACAGGUAUGUGGUGUGCGAUCAGUGGAAUGGUCGGGCCAGGUUUUCGCCGGCUAACAGCGGUCCGAUCAGCUCCAGCAGCACAGCCGAAUUGACCAAGAGCCACUCGACGCCGGCAAGUCUGCAAGCAGUCAUCGAGUUCAACGAAAACUCGCCCAACUCGCUGCAACACCGGGUGUUGGGGACCGAAGCCAUUGAUGUCACCGAAGUAUUUAUUCGGCUGCAAAGGCGACAAGUGGCGUACAACAUUGCCAUAUUGAUAUUUAUUACAGUGCUUUUGAUAUUUUUUGUACGAGUGGGCUUGCCGAGCAGUGGUGGCGAUCAAAUGUCCAUAAGCAAAACAGCGUCGACUAUCAUGCGGAACUCAAACGCCGCAGCUUCUGCAGUCGACUACAUCAAUGGCAGCGGUUUGCCGUUUAAGACUAUUUCCGUUAACACUGACCUUUCGUCAAUGCAUGUUGCCACCACCGACCAGUCAUUGAACAUAUCAGCUUCGACUCCGAAAAAAAAUUACGUUCCAAUUAUUUUGCCGAAUCCGCCGGCGGUUGAAGAUAUGUACGACGUUUCCAUUUUCAAUCCCAUGUAUCCCAUCGUCAACUAUCCCAAAAGCACUUGCCUACCGUCUUUUUGUCAAAACGUCACAUCCACCUUACCACAGUACCUGUACACUAUACCUUACAAGACAGAAUACGAUCCAAGAGAAUUGAUAGCACUGGAAUCUGUGGUAAAUGUCCGUUGCUAUGAGUUGACGGCGCUAUACUUUUGUGCGCUUCUUGCGUCUAAAGGCUGUGGAGACCGUAAAUUGAAGCCUUGUCAGUCGCUUUGUAAAGAGACAAUUCGAAGUUGUGGUUUCUUUUUUGACAUAUUUGAAGCGUACCACGAACACCGGGACUGCACGCAGUUCCCAAACGACAGCAACAAUCCGAACACGUUUUGCAUCGGACACCGGGAAGUAAUCAAUGUCAGAAAAAUGAAGCUCAGAGGACUUUGUCAUGAAGGUUUUAGAUGUGAUAAAAAGAGAUGUAUUCCAAUGGACUGGAAAUGUGAUGGGCAUUUUGACUGUGAAGACCACACCGACGAAUUGAAGUGUUCACAAUGUCCAGAUCAAUUGUUUUGUGGUGCUGGAAAAUGUAUAGCUGUAGAGCACAUCUGUAACGGCGUAUUCGACUGCGAAUGGGGACAAGACGAACGGAAUUGCGUGCGACUUAGUGGCGAGAUGGGAGUAAUCGGUGAAGGGAUGCUGGAGCUUUAUUCACCGAACACAACGUCUUGGCGACCCGCGUGCAUUCAGAGUUGGGAUUCAGAACUGUCGGCCACCAUAAUUUGCAACAUACUUGGAUACAAGUUAUCUUCUAGAAGCGUGCUCGGCGAAAACAAUAAGCUUUUGGCAUCUGUUAAGUACAACCAAUCAAAAGAGUAUUACGACGAAAAUAAAAUGACCGUAUACAGGGAAAUCCGAUACUGUCCGGAUACCUACUUGUACCCGUCUAUAAGUCUCUUAUGUUCUAAUUUUGAGUGUGGUGUCAGACGAAGACCGCAAACCAUAUUCCGCAAGACGAGGAUUGUAGGUGGCAGACCAUCGCUACCUGGUGACUGGCCAUUUUUGGCCGCAAUCCUCGGGGGCCCGGACGAGAUAUUUUACUGUGCCGGAGUGUUGAUAUCCGAACAGUGGGUUCUGACAGCAGCUCAUUGCACUGGAGGGAGGAAAAUCCUGGGUGAUCUUUCAGAGUGGACCAUACAACUGGGCAUGACGAGAAGACAUUCCCAUUCGUUUUUUGGUCGAAAAGUGAAAGUAGAAAAAAUUAUCAGACAUGAAAAGUACAACAACGGGCCCGUUCAACACGACCACGAUAUCGCACUUUUCAAGCUUAGCGAAAAAUUAACGUUUCACGAGUUUUUACUGCCGGUGUGCUUACCACCGCCGAAUAUGGUUUUGAAAGCAAAUAUAAGCUGUACAGUUAUCGGAUGGGGUAGACGCAAUGGCCUCGAAGGAGCCGAUUACGAACCAACAGUAAAUGAAGUUCAAGUUCCCGUACUGGACAGAGAUUUGUGCAACACGUGGCUCAAACAGAAAGACGUUAAUAUUACGGAGGGAAUGAUAUGCGCUGGGUACGAACAGGGUGGCAAGGACGCGUGUCAGGGUGACUCGGGAGGUCCACUACUGUGCCCGAUGGAAGGAUAUAAAGACCGAUGGUUCGUGGGUGGCAUCGUCAGCUGGGGUGUGGAGUGCGCGACACCCAGCCUGCCAGGUGUAUAUGUCAACGUGCCGAUGUAUACGGAAUGGAUCAAGAACAAUAUACAUACUGACCAGCUGUUUUCGUCAACAGACGACGAUUAUUGAACGUGAUUUUCCAUGAGCAUGGCGCGAUCGUUUUUCACCCCUCCGUUAUUCCAAUUCCUAUGUCCCUUAUCACCAAAUGUACACUUCAAGCUGCAAUUUUCUGUACGUCUGUUGUCUUCGAUAAUUAUCGUCUUUGGAUUUUCCUUACAUACCAGAAAAUAAAAUAUAAACGAAAAACAGUAAAGCGUAAUAAUACUAGCUUAAUCAGUAGUGCAAUGUCGGCUUACAUCGUAAAAACGGAAGUAUUCUUUAGGUACCAUUGAUAUGAACAUGAUAUCAUUAUGUAUAAUUUUCAAUAUUAUAUUUUACCACAACAUUUUGUGAUUUCGAUCAGUCCAUCGGUUCGAUAGAAAAAAUAUGUAAAAACACAAAAUUAUCUUUUAACUUUUCAUAAUGAUGUGUAUGGUGGCUGUCGUAAUAUGUAUGAUCAUCGAUCAAUAUAUUAUGUAAAACACCGCGAAAAACCUCGCCAUUUAUAUUAUAUUUGGUUCAUCUACUAACAAUUUAAACGCUUUAGGUAUUUAGUCUAAUAUUUAAAAUAAAUUUUUCCUGAAACUAUAAGUGCCUAUACAUUCAAAUUUUAUAAGGUACAUUCGAAAUUUUCGCUUUGUUUUUUGAGUAUGAUAUGAUAGUUUCAUACUGUAAACUAUGGGCAGUCAAUAACUGAUUUUGAUUUACGGAAACAAUGAUUCGAAAUUUUUCAAAUGAUACAUUAACGGAGCUUAUACCAUUUGAAUUUUGUGAUUUGUGCUACUUUAUACCCGUGUAAUAUAAAAUAUUCAUCAAUGUGAUAUUUUCACGUCAUCUAUCAUCACUGUCGGUACAUCAUAUUAGUUUAAAUGUCCGGCAAAUGACUUACAACCAAAAAUUUUUUAGGAAAUGUACCACACUAUAUAUGUUUAAAUAAUAUGGCACGUACAAUCAUAGUUAUCCGUCCAAAAACAUGAAUCCUGAUUUAUCUUAUAGUUUUAUUUCGCUUGGGACUUUUAUUAAAAUAAACGAUAUAUAUAUAAUAAAGUGUAGUUAUACCCUAACAUUGUCUGACUUCUUGAAAUCAAAAUAUUCAUAAUUAUUAUCUAACCUACUACUAUGGUUGUAUAUU